CAGAGGAAGGCAGGCAGGGGCAGCUAUAAAAGGGAAGUGGAAGCUUGGGGGAAGGAAGGCAGAGGCGACGCAUCAUGUUUGUGAUCUAGGAGGAAUCAGGGUCGGCGGGGUUGCUUAUUCGGGCGACGAGAUCUCGUCGCGUCAUCUCAUGCUAUAAUCGAAACUCUGGUUUUGGUCGGGGGGAGGAGGGUUCUCCGAUUGAAACCGGACUCUUUCUCUUCAGGGCUGCUUUGUUACACACUUUCCUAUCUUUGUCUGCAGCCCUUUCAUUUCUAAAUCAAAAUGAAGAAGAAAGACAGUAAGCCGGGGGCUUAUCAUGAUAAAAGAUGUCGGGUUGUCCCCAUGACUUUAAUGGUAAUUGCCUUGUGUGGAAUUUCCUUUUAUCUUGGAGGAAUCUAUUAUUCUGAAAAGAACAGAAUAGUAAAGAAGGAUGCAAGACCAGCAGUUCAGUCUUCGAAAGAAACUGCAGUGGCUUCUCUUCAAAUAAAGGCUGUUGAGUUUCCAGAGUGUAGCACUGAUUAUCAAGAUUUCACACCAUGCACAGACCCAAAGAGAUGGAGAAAGUAUGGUAAUUACAGGUUAAGCUUUAUGGAGCGUCAUUGUCCACCAAUGAAUGAGAGGAAAGAGUGCUUAGUUCCUCCUCCUGAUGGUUAUAAACCACCGAUCAGAUGGCCGAAGAGCAAGGAUCAAUGUUGGUACAGAAAUGUUCCCUAUGAUUGGAUAAACAACCAGAAAGCUAAUCAACAUUGGCUCAGAAAAGAAGGUGACAGGUUCUUCUUUCCAGGUGGAGGUACCAUGUUUCCCAAUGGAGUUAGUGUGUAUGUUGACCUGAUGCAAAAUCUAAUUCCUGGAAUGAAGGAUGGAACUGUCCGAACUGCAAUCGAUACUGGUUGUGGGGUUGCAAGCUGGGGUGGCGAUUUGUUAGACCGUGGUAUUCUAACCGUUUCUCUUGCACCUAGAGAUAAUCAUGAAGCUCAAGUACAGUUUGCCCUUGAACGUGGCAUUCCAGCAAUUUUAGGCAUCAUUUCUACUCAGCGUCUUCCAUUCCCAUCAAACUCAUUUGAUAUGGCCCACUGCUCCAGAUGUCUUAUUCCAUGGACAGAAUUUGAUGGGAUUUACCUUCUAGAAAUACACCGAAUACUUCGACCUGGGGGCUUCUGGGUGCUCUCUGGACCACCUGUAAACUAUGAAAACAGGUGGCGUGGGUGGAACACAACAGUGGAAGAACAGAAGGCAGAUUUUGACAAAUUGAAGAAGCUGCUAACUAGCAUGUGCUUCAAACUAUAUAAUAAAAAAGAUGAUAUUGCUGUUUGGCAGAAAUCUGCAGAUAAUAGUUGCUAUGAUCAACUUACUGCAUCUUCUUACCCUGCGAAGUGUGACGACAGCAUGGAUCCAGAUUCAGCAUGGUACACCCCACUUCGAACUUGCUUGACGAUUCCAAGCCAAACGUACAAGUUGGGGCUGACGUCUGCACCAAAAUGGCCUGAUCGGUUGCGUGUACCUCCAGAGCGUACUUCAACGGUCCCUGGUGGUAAUUCUGGUGGAUUCAAGCAUGAUGACAGUAAAUGGAAGGUGAGGAUAAAACACUACAAGACUUUGCUCCCUGCUCUUGGAAGUGACAAAAUCCGCAAUGUUAUGGACAUGAAUACUUUGUACGGAGGGUUUGCAGCGGCACUUAUCAGUUCUCCGCUGUGGGUAAUGAAUGUGGUUUCCUCUUAUGGUCCUAAUUCCCUUGGUGUGGUCUAUGACAGGGGACUGAUUGGCAUGUACCACGACUGGUGUGAACCAUUCUCAACUUAUCCUCGAACAUAUGACCUCCUACAUCUUGAUGGCCUAUUUACUGCAGAAAGCCACAGAUGUGAGAUGAAAUAUGUGCUCCUUGAGAUGGAUCGGAUCCUGCGUCCAGACGGGUAUGCAAUAAUCCGUGAAUCAAGCUAUUUUCUAGACGCUAUAGCUACCAUUGCCAAAGGGAUGAGAUGGAACUGCAAUAAACACAGUACAGAAUACAAUUUAGAUAAGGAGAAAGUGCUAAUAUGCCAGAAGAAGCUGUGGUAUGCAAAGCAGAGUCAACAAUGAGAAAAUAAAGCCCGGUGAGGAUUUGGUAAAAUCCUCGAAGUCGAACCGGCUAGGAUAUGAAUAUCAACACUUUUUUCUUUUUCUGGGUACAUAACAUAGUAUUCAGUAUGAUGGUGACUUCAAGAAUAGGCCAGCCUGCAACUUCUUCCCACCCACCUCUUCUCUCUUCUGCAAUUUCAGUUCCUCAUAUAUUCUUUCUCAAAGUGAAAAGACCAACAGUAAGUAAUGGAAGUUGCAGUGGAUAUGGUUUCAGGUUCCUCCUAUUGGUAUGGGUUAUGUGGGCAGCUAUAGGAGCGCAAAUAAAAGGGAAAUGUCCAUUCUUUACAGAGUUUAAAUGCUUUUCAGGCAUUUUUUUUAUAAGGUGUAUCCAUAUGUUGGGAUUGUGAACGUCAUGAAAACUGAUAUAGAAAUUGGAUGUAUUAGCAAUAAAAGUUUUUCAGCAUUUGCAGGUUGUA